UGUGUUUUGACUUUGAAGGAAAGCGUGGAAAGUGAUGCAGUUGAUAUUCCUAAAACUAUAACUGAAUUAUACAAAAGAGCAAUUAAAGUUUUACUAUGGAGGCACCAUCCACUGUGUAAAUUAGGCUCAAUUGGGCGUCCAAAGGGCUACCUUGUUCAAAAGUUACCGAAAGUAUUUGGCAAAGACGUACAGGAAAUGAAAAGCCUUGGAAGAAAGAUAGUUGAGGAAGGAAUAUUAAUUUUUGUGGAACCAAGUAUUAGUGACUUUCAUCAUUUGGCCAAUUGUGGCCUUCUACAUCAAAUACCGGACAAAAGGCGCAAUCUUCUCUGUUUUUUACAUUUGACUCUUCAAGAGUUUCUUGCCGCGUGGUGUAUUGUUGACGAUUGGCAUUGCAUCGCGAACUUUUUGGAUGAUCAUGUGGAAGAUUUUCAAUGGCACUUGGUCAUAGAAUUUAUUGUUGGUUUAGUCGGAGACCUAAAGAGGGAGAAAAAAGUCGAAAGUAUCUGCCAUAUUGAAGAAAGAUUUCAAAAGUGGAUCAUGCUUUUACAGUCUUAUUCUGGAGAUAAAAGGCUCGCUUUCCUUGGCAUCCAGUGCUUGUACGAGUUGCGAGAUGGAGAUGUGAUUAGAUCAGCUUGCACAAAGUUGAAGCAUGGCUCUCAAGAAAUCUUUGUCAAUAAUAUUACUUUUACACCUGUUUAUUCUAAUGCCUUGUUUCAAUUUGCAACUGAAUGCGCUCAUAUAACUAAACUCAAUUUUCGCACCUGCCAAUUGCUUGAUAAGUAUAGCUGUAAUGGAAUUGAAACGUUUUUGUCGAAUGGGGCAUCCUACAAUUUGACCUCGCUGUCUUUUCAUGGAUGCAAGUUUAAUGAUAACUUUAUGAGUCAUCUAACAAAGGCUGUAAAAAGUAAAAAUUGUAAACUGGCAGAAUUGGACAUUUGUCAUAGCAAUAUAGCAGAUCAGGGUGCAAAAUAUCUCAGUGAAGCUUUCAAAAGUGAAAAUUGCUAUCUUAUUAAAUUUAUUAUUCGCCAUAACAAUAUAACAGAUGAAGGUGCAAAAUACCUUUGUGAAACCUUUGAAAGCAAUAUUUGUAAACUCAGUAAAUUAGACAUUGGUCAAAACAGUAUAGCAGAUGUUGGUUCCUUCCAUAUAAGUCAAGCAUUGAAGAGCAAGAACUGUAACUUGACUGAAUUAGAUCUUCGUCAAGAUAGUGUAACAGAUGAAGGUGCUACGUUUUUAGGCUAAGCUUUAGAAAACGAACAUAGUCGUCUGAUGAAAUUGGGCAUUCGCCAUAAUAAUAUGACGUGUUUAGGUGUAAAAGACCUUACUAAAGCUUUAAAAAAUGAGAAUUGCAAACUCAGUGAGCUAGACAUCAGUCAUAUUCAGUUAAAAGAUAAUGGUGCAAAAUAUGUCGCUGAAGCUUCAGAAAGUAAGAAUUGUCAAUUGAGAAAGUUAAAUAUUAGUUCCACUCAAAUAACAUUGAA